UUUAUGAUGCAUCAGCACCCGGAACUGCAGCUGAACUUCAUCUGACAAGAAACACUUCAGCGGCAGCUCAUCAUAAAGGUUCCUGCUGGAUGAUGAUGAUGGGGUCAGCGGGUCUGAUCGGGUUUCUGCGCGCGCUCUUCUCCGGUUGUUCGCCGGUCGGGAUCCUCGCGCUCUCCGGUGCGACGCUCCUGUGUGCGCUCGCGACGCGUCUCGCCCUCAAACGACGCGCGCUGCGGUGCUUCAAUCAGCCGCCGCAGAGAAGCUGGAUCAUGGGCCACAUGGGACUAAUGGGCCAUAAUGAAGAGGGACUGCAGGCCGUUGAUGAUCUGAUCAGGAGGUACGUUCACUCCUGUGCCUGGUAUCUGGGUCCGUUCUACAAUAUGGUCCGACUUUUCCACCCAGACUACAUCAAAUCCCUUCUGACAGCCUCAGCAAACAUUACUUUCAAAGACAAGAUCUUUUAUGGGUUUAUGAAACCUUGGUUGGGCCAUUGUCUUCUGCUGCAGAACGGUCAGGAAUGGUCACGCCAUCGACGACUUCUGACUCCUGCGUUCCACUUCGACAUCCUCAAAAAAUAUGUUCACAUAUUCAACCAGUCCACCAACAUCAUGCAUGCUAAAUGGCGCCGCCUGCUGGCUGAGAAGCAGAACAGUCUGGAUAUGUUUGAGCACAUGAGCUCCAUGACGCUGGACAGUCUGCUCAAAUGCACCUUCAGCUGUGACAGUCACUGCCAGGGGAAACCCAGCGAAUACAUUGCAGCCAUUCUGGAGCUGUCUAAACUGCUGGUUCAGAGGCAGCAUUACCUUCCGUAUCACUGGGACUGGCUGUACUGGCGCUCCGAACCGGGACGGCGCUUUCGCAAGGCGUGCAACAUCGUGCAUCAGUUCACGGCUAAAAUCGUGCAAGAACGCCGUUCCCAACUCGAUCAGCAGGGGUCCGCAAUGAACCGCACGGAAAACCUGGAAUACACUGGAGGAUACAAGAAAAAAGACACGGAUCUCAUUGAUUUACUGCUGCUGUCAAAAGAUGAGAACGGCGAGGGACUCACGAACGAGGAGAUCCAGGCUCAUGCAGAUAUGUUCAUGUUUGCUGGUCACGACACCACCGCCAGCGCCCUCUCCUGGAUCUUCUACAACCUGGCAAUGCAUCAGGAUCAUCAGGAGCGCUGUCGAGCUGAAAUCAGAUCAGUGCUGCGAGACGGAGACGAACACGACAUCAGCUGGGAGGAUCUGAGUCAGCUGCCCUUCACCACUAUGUGCAUCAAGGAGAGUCUGAGGCUUCACUCGCCCGUUCUGGCGCUCACCCGCUACUACUCACGAAACAUGAAGACGCCCGGAGACUGCGUCAUUCCCCAGGGAUGUCUCUGUUUGAUCAGUAUUUAUGGUGUCCAUCGAAACCCUGAAGUCUGGCCCGAUCCAGAGGUUUACGACCCCAUGCGCUUCGACCCGGAGAACUCACACGGACGCUCGCCUCACGCUUUCAUUCCCUUCUCAGCGGGACCCAGAACUGUGUGA